CAUACUCACGAAUAUUCCGUGCAAUGCUUUUAUGCCGCUAGGGCUCGUGGUUGACGUUGAAAUCAGCAGCAGCACAGUGUUGUUCUGACAUCAAACGAAAUUGUCGUUUCGCAUUAAGAUUGAAACCUUUCUCGUGAUAAAUUUUCGUAGAAUAUCACUCAGGCUGCUUCGGGCCUUCGCUACAAAAAAAUGCCGCGCGGUAAAUAUGUCAGUCACAAAGGCCGGAAUCGCCACUUUACCAGCCCCGAGGAAUUGGAGGAGCAGCGACGUCAGGAGGAAAAAAAACUCCAAUGGAGAAAGAAUAGAGGAGAGAGCUCUAGCGAAGAAGAAGAGGAGGAAGAACCGAAAGCUUCCCUUGCUAGUGGCUCGGGUAGCGAAAGUGAAAGUGAUUCAGAAUCGGAGUCUAAAGGAGAGGGGAAAGCGAAAGGUGUAGAGAAUUUAAUUCAAGUUGAAAAUCCAAAUAGGGUACAAAAGAAAACAAAGAAGUUAUCAACGUUAAACCAAUCUUUAGACUCUGCGAAACCUGAGUUAUCUCGAAGAGAAAGGGAGCAACUAGAAAAACAAAGGGCUUAUGCCAAUUACCAGAAACUACACGCGGCGGGUAAAACCGAUGAAGCUCGCGCAGAUUUAGCUCGAUUAGCCAUAAUUAAGCAGCAACGAGAGGAGGCUGCAAGGAAACGGGAACUCGAGAAAAAACAAAAAGAACUUGCUCAGCAAAAGAAGACGGAACUGACGCAGAAAGCCCUCGGCAAAAAGUCCUAGAACUUUGAAACCUAUGUCAAUUAUAAAUAAUUCGCAUCACUGCUAUUAUUACAUUAACACUACAAGCAGUCCAAUCUCUACUUUCAUAUUGAUACUAUUUGACUAAAUCCACGCAUUUUCAGCAUGCGUUUGAUGAAGAUGUUCUUGUUUGUAUAAAUACAAUUAUUAUAGUAACUAAA